AUGAAGCUGCAGACUCUUUUAGGGAUAGUGGCUGCCCAGAUAGCUUGGGCAACCGACUUCUACAACGCUGUAGAGCAAGCACAGCUCUCUACAAUAGUGGGCAUAGACGGCAAGAAAAAAAUAGUGUGCCCUUGGUCUUCAAUAACGCCCAUGAAGGGCGCAAUAUACGCGAACUUGAAACUUGCAGACGAUAUGAGGCGCCUGUCUCCGCACAUAGACAUUAUAUACUCGUAUGAUUUGACGGCGUAUACAGUGGGCUCAGACAUCCGACGAGCUGUCUAUACGAGAGAGCCCGAGAAAGACCGAGCAUACCCCCCUGAAAGCCUUGUAGGCGGCCAGCUAGGCAAGGCGCGCGCAGAGUACAUCAACGAGUACUACACCAGGCUUUUAAAGCUUCUGCCAAUAGAGUGGGAAGAGCAGCCUUUCAAGCAGGAGGUAGGCUAUGCCUCCAACUUCUGCACAUUUCUCCAGUAUGUGUGCCCGGAGGAGUCUGUGUGCUACAUACUGGCAUCUAUUUUGCUGCUAAGCGAGGGCGUGGAUGUUCCCAUUGAGGCAGACGAAGAGAAGAUUGUGCUGUGGAAAAACAGAAAAAGGCAGGAGGCAGUGCUUGAAAUUAGCAUGCUGCAGUCAAAAGAUGAGAGCCACCGAAAAGAGACAGCUGAAACAAUAAACUUCUUCAAGAAGUACAAAGGCACAGAAGAAAUGCCGACCACAAUGCAGGAGUUCCGAAAGGGCCGGUUCCUGGAAAGCGUGAGCUUCCUUGCACACAGCCACCUGUUCGAGUGCUUGUACGACGAGAGCGACAUGAAAACUAUGUUCGAGUGCGUGCACAAAAUUCUUGAAAACUUGUGCAAGGCUGCAGAAUCGCCAGAGGAGGCGUGCAAGGAGAGGAGGCUGCUCGACGAGUGGUUUAUGCCAGAUGAAAGAAGGCAGGAGGCCGUUGACUUUUUGCGGCUGUUUAUAAAGACCCAAGACAGCAUUAGAAACAUAGAAUGGUUCCCAUACUACAGCUGCGAAAGCCUUCUAACACAAAUAAAAGUGCCAGGCGAGGCGCCAACUGUGCAGACAGACGAGCCUAUCCAUAGCGCGGUGGAUACAGGCAUUUUUCUGCUGAUUCGCUGCUUUGCUUAUGACCCAAAGACAAAAAGCUGCAGCAUAAGCGGGUUCAUAGACAGCAAGACCUCCAAAAGCGACAUAGACGGGCUGAAGAAAAUAUUUAGGCACGAAAAAGAGCAAAUCAACGAGUACGGGAACGGGCACUACAUGGGCUGCACUGCAAUGGAAUCGCUGUUUUCAAAAUGGAGUGAGUGUGUGACCUCGAAUCUUUCAUGCGAGGAAAUUGUGUACCUCUUCACAAAUCGGACUCACCUGGACUCCGGCAUGCUGAACUUUCUGUAUGCACUUGCGAAAAUAACUGGCAAGUUUCCCAGCGUAAAGAAACAGCUGGACAGCUUUAUAGCAAGGCUGAAAAACAAGGACACGCGCCUCCUUGAGCUUUUCGGCGACUUGCUGAAGUUUACAAGUGAGUUUUUCACGUCGCUCUCUGUCAACAAGCAGCUUUCUGUGGAGCUUGACGCGCUGCAAAAAGAAACGGGAGUAGACGGAAGACCCGAAAUUUACGGAGCUAUCAAAUUGCGGUACAGAUUCAGCGACAGCGUUCUAGAGCAAGGGAUGGCUAUAGAAUUUGCUCCAAUGAAGUUCAACAUUUGGGUAACUCCUGUCGCUGUUUGCUACCCCCAAGACGGCAUUGAAACCAAAAUCAGAAAGUAUCUGCAGUACGAAAACCACGGAACAUUUACCGGAUGCCUGCUCGCACACUGCUUGGAGAAGGAAAUGUAUACGAUCAACCAGCACCAGAAAACGAAAGCUGAGGUCUCAAGGUACGUGAUGAGCGCAGUGGACAGCAUGCUGGCGGAUCUGGAAAAGGAAGAUCACCAGGCACUCAACCAAAUCUUCCUGAUGCUGCACACAGACUCUGUUUGUGACUUUUUGGCGGUUUUUAAUUGUUUUAAUGCAUGCGCUGCGGAUUAUGCGCUCUCCCCUGGCAUUAAAAGCUUGCUGCUGCGAGCCAGCUCUAGCAUGACAGCAUAUUUUUUGCAAAUAUGCAAGCCAACCGAAUCGUGCCUCUAUUCUUCGAUUUUUACAGGAGCAAUGAAAAGAAACAUGCAUCCUAAAAUAGAAAUGUCAGACACGCUAUUUACCAAUAUGUUUAUUCACUCGCUUUACAGCUUUAUUGUCUCUGUGCAGAAUGCCCAGGUGUAUGACAACCCGAAAAUAACAAAGGCAAUCAUGCGCUACUUUGAAAUCUACGCAGAAACAACAAAAACUCCGCUUCACACCUGCCCCUGGCUGCGCAAUUUCUUUUGCCACAUACACCUAUUUAAAUGUCUGUUCUCAGCGGGCACGCAAGAAAACUCCAGAGAACUGGCGGGCCUCCUCCUGAAGGAGGGCGAGGAGGGGGGGCUGCUAAAGAAUAAGCUGGAUCUUCUGUGGUUUGGGCUUUCGGCGAUCACCCCCGAAGCCAGCAAUGAGCUAAGACUCCAGCUGUACAACGUGAUCACCCAAGACAUCCCCUAUUUGAAGAGUCUGCAAAAAACUAUGCUGAGGCCGUACACAGAAUUAGGGAAGAAAGCCAUACUCAGCUAUCUGUCGGAAAAUUGCAGUGUGCUGGCAGAAAGUGGUGGAGAGGAAAAGCUUAAGAUAGUUAUAGAGCUGUUCAAAUAA